AUGAACCUGACCAACAACAAAGUGGAAGUUCAAGAAGAACAGAAUAUUGUUGACCAAGAGGAAGAAGUUAUUUUACUGGUUGGGGAAGAGCUGAUCUCCGUCUUCAGGGUUGCACUACCAGUGGCCCUAACCACACUGAUGAUCCACUCCAAAAGCAUCAUAUCGAUGCUGUUUUUGGGCCGAAUGGGCAAAAUUGAACUGGCCGGCGGGUCCUUAGCGAUUGGGUUUGCAAACGUAACUGGCUUCUCAGUAAUUAAAGGGCUGUGCAUGGGAAUGGAGCCCAUUUGUUCCCAAGCCUUCGGAGCCAAAAGACUGUCAGUGCUCACCCAUACGUACAUCAAAAUGUUCCUGCUCCUCUUCCUCAUUUCCAUACCCGUAACCUUCCUGUGGCUGAACGUCGAGCCCGUUCUCCUGAAAUUGGGCCAAGACCCAAUCAUACUGAAAGUAGCCCGGGCCUACUUAAUCUAUUCCAUCCCGGAUCUGAUAGCCCAUGCCCAUGUCACCCCGCUCCGCUCCUUCCUGCGGACUCAGGGACUCAACUCACCCGCCACCCUGGUGGCGAUGUGCUCCACCGCCAUGCACCUCCCUCUGACGUAUCUUCUCGUCACCCAUUUCAAGUUAAACGUGAAGGGACUGGCGCUGGCUUCCUCCUUGUACACAAUCAACAUGAAUGUGGGGCUGUUGGUGUACCUGUUUUUUUCCAAAACCGCAAUUAAGCCCUGGAUGAAUAAUGCUGCUUCCGGGCCGUCGUCGUCCUUCCUGUCCGCCCUCCAUGGUUGGGGCCCGCUUCUGUCCUUAGCAUUCCCGAGCUUGUUCUCAGUGUGCCUGGAAUGGUGGUGGUACGAAAUCAUCCUUUUCAUGAGCGGGCUUUUGGCGAACCCGGAAGCUUGCGUGGCGGCUAUGGGAAUCCUGAUCCAAACCACCGGGAUUAUCUACGUGUUUCCUUACUCCCUAUCCCUGAGUAUCUCCCAACGGGUGGGCCACGAGUUGGGUUCGGGGCAGCAUUCCAGGGCCAGAUUUGCGGCCCUGGUCGGGGUCUGCAUCGGUUUUGUGUACGGGACGCUGGCAUUUGGGCUCACCUUGUGCGUGCGAUCCCUGUGGGGAAAGUUCUACACGAGCGACCCCCAGGUGCUGCACAUGAUUUCCGGGGUGCUUCCCAUCCUGGGCCUAGCCGAGGUUGGGAAUUCGUCCCAGACCGCGGCGUGUGGGGCGCUGACGGGCUCGGCUCGGCCCAAGGUGGGGGUUCGCAUAAACCUGGCGGCAUUUUAUUUGGUGGGGAUACCUUGCUCCGCCUUGUUGGCCUUUAAGCUCCAUGUUGGUUUCCAGGGCUUGUGGCUUGGCCUCAUUGCAUCUCAGGCGGCUUGUUUGGGGAUGAUGAUUUAUACUUUGUAUCAAACGGAUUGGAAAUAUCAGGCCAAGAGGGCGGAUGACUUGACCUCGGUCGCCACCGGUGAUAAGGACGACGACGGCGGUGGUGACGGCGGAACAAAUCUCAUUCCCUGA